AUGGGGAAAAUGAGCAGCGGAGAUCAGAGAUCCCUACAAAGGCGUCAAAGUAUGGCUGGGAAUCAAUAG